UGGGCCAUUUUGCAAAGUCCUAUCAAGCAUGAAGUGUGGCUGAUGGGUUACACGUUUGUGGCUUGAGAGUUUUUAGCGGGUACAGGCAUCAGGAAACUCCUUGUAACGGUGGCAGUUAAACGAGUUAAACGGCCAGGGGUUGAUUCAAAUGGGUGGCAUUCUUUCAACUUGCAACUUUCAACUAUCCUCACCCAACCCGACGCUCUUUCAUAUCCAUACCAUACAAACGGAUAUAUACAGCGAAACCCUGUACAAGGAAGAGGUCAAAUAUACCGUUAUAAGCCCUGGAAGGGCCUCCUAUUCUCCGAACAGCCUCUUUUUACCUCGCACUUCAUAAGCCAUAAAUCGCUACGUCAAAAUGUCGGCGGUCAGUCGCAUUCGCGGCGCUUUCGCCGUACCUAGGAAGGGCGAGACGUUCGAGUUGCGAGCUGGUCUGGUAUCUCAAUAUGCCUGGGAGAGGAAAGAAUCAAUCCAGAAGACUAUUAUGGCUAUGACGUUAGGCAAAGAUGUGUCCCAAUUAUUUCCAGAUGUCCUGAAGAAUAUCGCGACUGGCGACCUCGACCAAAAGAAGCUAGUCUAUCUCUAUCUCAUGAACUAUGCGAAGUCGCAUCCGGACUUGUGUAUCCUCGCUGUCAACACGUUCGUCCAAGAUUCAGAAGACCCGAACCCCCUUAUAAGAGCACUUGCUAUUAGGACAAUGGGCUGCAUCCGAGUAGAUAAGAUGGUCGAUUACAUGGAAGAGCCUCUGCGGAAAACGUUACGAGACGAGUCGCCGUACGUACGGAAAACGGCCGCUAUCUGUGUCGCGAAACUCUUCGACUUGAAUCCCUCCAUGUGCAUAGAAAACGGAUUUCUGGAGAUUCUCCAAGAGAUGAUCGGCGACCCGAAUCCCAUGGUCGUUGCAAAUUCGGUACAAGCGCUGGCAGAGAUAGCCGAGACGGCACCAGAGACGAGGGCAUUGGUUAUAACACCAGCAACACUCAAGAAGCUGCUAAUGGCUCUCAACGAGUGCACGGAAUGGGGCAGAGUGACGAUCCUUUCGACCUUGGCAGACUACCCCCCUCAGGAUGUGAAGGAGUCGGAGCAUAUCUGUGAAAGAGUAGCGCCGCAGUUCCAACAUGUCAACCCAAGUGUCGUGCUGGCUGCUGUCAAGGUAGUGUUCAUUCACAUGAGAUUAAUUAAUGGCGAUCUCGUGAGACAGUACCUGAAAAAGAUGGCACCUCCUCUAGUCACCCUCGUUGCAUCCGCCCCUGAAGUCCAAUACGUCGCUCUACGGAACAUCGAUCUCCUUCUGCAAGCCAAGCCCGACAUCCUUAGCAAGGAACUGAGAGUAUUCUUCUGCAAAUACAACGAUCCCCCGUAUGUCAAACUCCAGAAGCUCGAGAUCAUGGUGAGGAUAGCAAAUGAGAAGAAUUAUGAACAACUCCUGACCGAGUUGAAAGAGUACGCCCUGGAAGUAGAUAUGGACUUCGUUCGAAGAGCCGUCAAGGCUAUUGGGCAGGUCGCGAUCAAGAUCGAGGGCGCAAGCGAGAAAUGCGUCAAUGCGCUACUAGACCUGAUUGCUACCAAAGUUAACUACGUGGUUCAAGAGGUUAUUGUGGUCAUCAAGGACAUCCUCCGGAAGUAUCCUGGUUACGAAGGGGUCAUCCCGACGCUUUGCAAUCACAUCGACGAGCUAGACGAGCCUAAUGCGCGAGGUUCGUUGAUAUGGAUUGUCGGAGAGUAUGCGGAGAAGAUCAACAACGCGGAUGAGAUAUUGGCAACUUUCGUGGACGGUUUCAUGGAAGAAUUUACGCAGACACAGUUGCAAAUUUUGACGGCCGUUGUCAAGUUGUUUUUGAAGAAGCCAGGCAGCAACCAGGGAUUAGUGCAGAAAGUUUUGCAGGCGGCGACAGCUGAGAACGACAAUCCUGAUAUCCGAGAUCGAGCGUAUGUCUAUUGGCGACUUCUGUCAGGGGAUCUCGAUAUCGCAAAGAACAUCAUUCUAUCACCGAAGCCAGCCAUCACAACAACAAUGACAAGCUUGCCGGCAACUUUACUAGAGCAACUUCUUGGAGAGCUGUCAACGUUAGCAUCUGUCUACCACAAGCCCCCUGAGUCGUUCGUUGGCAAGGGACGAUUUGGCGCCGACGAAAUUCAACGGGCAGCUAUCCAGGAACAGCGACAAAAUGCGGCCGAGAAUCCGAUCGCCGCGUCGGUUGCCGCGGCUGGUCAAAACGGACAACAGUCACAGAACAACAUCGAAAAUCUGCUGGAUAUCGAUUUCGACGGCGCGGCACCGGCGUCGCAGGAGCAGAACUCGGCAUCUGCCACGCCAGAGCGCGUAGCAAGCCCGGCCGCCGGGGCCCCAUCCGGCGGAAUGGCAGACAUGAUGGGUCUCUUCGACGCUCCAGCGCCUCAAAGCAAUAUUGCGGGCACUAGCGGCGGUGGUGUCAACGACAUUAUGAACGGGUUCGGUGGAAUGGACUUAAGCGGGUCGAGUCAACCUCCGCCCGCGGGGGUGCAACUCGGCCACGCAAGCGGAAGCGCAAGUACGGAGCAGAAGACUUCGAACAAUGAUGAUCUACUGGGUCUUUUCUAGGCGAAGCGAGGCCAAAAACUUCACUAAGCUGACAUCCAAAAUAUCUGGGCUGAUAGUAGCCGAGGGAAGGGGAAGGGGAAGGGUGACCCCUUGGAUUUGCGAUAGAGUGGACUUCGUAAGGUGUCACGAUAUAGUGGCAGUGUGCCUGUCAGGGGGGAAGGUUCCCUUAAGGAAGAGUUAAAAUAUCGGUACCUUGAUUGGCAAUCAGACCAAGGCUCAGUUUAUUUUAUGAGAAAUCAUGACGUGAAGUAUUGCCGACUAUUGUCUCUUCAAGCUCGGUGUUGGGCGCCUAGU